AUGGCCCUGCUCACCACCCUCCAGGACCUCGUCGUCCACCUCGUCGAGCCCUGGCUCUUCAUGGCCAUCUCGCUCCGGCACGUGCCCCAGACAGUCAGGGCCGUCGUCGCAUCCGGCCAGCUCGCCACCUUGCUCUCGCCCUCGGCCUUUUCCGACGCCCUGUUCGGCCAGUUCUGGGCCACCGUCGGCCCGGACGUCAAGCAGGCCAGCGAGGCGCACGUCGUCCCCCUGCUCGAGGGCCGCGUCUCCGCCGGCCGCGUCCACCGCGACGUCGUCGCCGUGCCCGUCCACGGCACCGUCGUCGAGAUUGGCGCCGGCAGCGGCAUGUGGGCCGACGUCUUUGCCCGCAUCCGCGCCGGCUCCGCGCCGCCGCCGUCGUCGGCCCCCGGCCAUGCCGACGACGGCCGCGGCGACGGUCCGCGUGAGCGCAAGAAGGAGCCCGCCGCCCGUAUCACCAAGAUCUACGGCGUCGAGCCAAACCCCCAGUCUGCCGCCGCCCUGGCCCGCCGCGUCCAGCAAGUCGGCCUGGCCGACAUCUACCAGGUCGUCCCCGUCGGCAUCGAGUCCGUCAGCGACCCCUCGGCCUGGGCCGGCCAGAUCCCCCCGGGCUCCGUCGACUGCAUCGUCGGCGUCCUGUGCCUCUGCAGCAUCCCCGACCCGGAAGACAACAUCCGCCGCCUGCACAAGCUGCUCAAGCCGGGCGGCCGCUGGUACGUCUACGAGCACGUCAAGGCCACUCGCGGGGGUCUGCUGUUGAGGCUCUACCAACGCCUCGUCAAUAUCCCCUGGUCAUUCUUCCUGGGCUCGUGCCGCAUCUGUCGUUCCACCGACAAAACUCUCAGGGCCGCCGGCUCAUGGCAAGAGGUGGACCUUGCGCAGCCGCCGAGCGAAGCCCCGUAUUGCGUCUUGCCCCAUGUUCUCGGAACUCUGACAAAGUAG